AUGGUGCUGGUGCUCGUCAUCGGCGACCUGCACAUCCCGCACAGGGUGCACGACCUCCCGCUCAAGUUCAAGAAGCUCCUCGUCCCGGGCAAGAUCCAGCAGAUCCUCUCCACCGGCAACGUCUGCGACCGCGAGACCUACGACUACCUCCGCACCGUCUCCCCCGACGUCCACAUCGUCCGCGGCGACUACGACGAGAGCGCGUUCCCGCUCAGCGUGACCGUCACCCACGCCCCGAUCCGCAUCGGCGUCGUCCACGGGCACCAGUCCAUCCCCACCGGCGACCUCGACGCCCUCGCCGCCCUCGCCCGCCAGAUGGACGUCGACGUCCUCGUCUCCGGCCACACCCACACCUUCCAGGCCGUCCAGUACGACGGCCGCUUCUUCGUCAACCCCGGCUCCGCAACCGGCGCCUGGCUCGGCUCCCUCAACGCAGACCCGACGCCGUCCUUUGCCCUGAUGGACAUCCAGGGCCCCGUCGUCGUCACCUACGUCUACCAGCUCGUCGACGGCGACGUCCGCGUGGAGAAGAUCGAGUUCCGCAAGGACACCGACGCCGCCGCCGCCGCCACCGCCGCCGCGGCGCCCCGCAGCACCGUCCUCCCCCAGAGCAUCCCCGCCAGCCCCAGCCCCGUGUGGUAG